GUGACGGGUCAGCGGCAGGAGCCAAUCAGGUUGUAGAUGAUUUGUCCCUGGAAGUGUGAGCUGCUGCUGCCGGCUGAGAGGACUGUAGGGCAGACAGGGCUAAUGAAUGGCGAGAUCGACCAUGGCAGCGAUUAUCCCAGCACCAAUCUGACCCAGGGCUUGGCUAUCCCGGCACCAAUCUGACCCAGGGCUUGGCUAUCCCAGCACCAAUCUGACCCAGGACUUGGCUAUCCCGGCACCAAUCUGACCCAGGGCUUGGCUAUCCCGGCACCAAUCUGACCCAGGACUUGGCUAUCCCAGCACCAGUCUGACCCAGGGCUUGGCUAUCCCAGCACCAAUCUGACCCAGGGCUUGGCUAUCCCGGCACCAAUCUGACCCAGGGCUUGGCUAUCCCGGCACCAAUCUGACCCAGGGCUUGGCUAUCCCGGCACCAGUCUGACCCAGGGCUUGGCUAUCCCGGCACCAAUCUGACCCAGGGCUUGGCUAUCCCGGCACCAAUCUGACCCAGGGCUUGGCUAUCCCGGCACCAAUCUGACCCAGGGCUUGGCUAUCCCGGCACCAAUCUGACCCAGGGCUUGGCUAUCCCGGCACCAAUCUGACCCAGGGCUUGGCUAUCCCGGCACCAAUCUGACCCAGGGCUUGGCUAUCCCGGCACCAAUCUGACCCAGGGCUUGGCUAUCCCGGCACCAGUCUGACCCAGGGCUUGGCUAUCCCGGCACCAAUCUGACCCAGGGCUUGGCUAUCCCGGCACCAAUCUGACCCAGGGCUUGGCUAUCCCGGCACCAAUCUGACCCAGGGCUUGGCUAUCCCAGCACCAAUCUGACCCAGGGCUUGGCUAUCCCGGCACCAAUCUGACCCAGGGCUUGGCUAUCCCAGCACCAAUCUGGGCUAUAGCAAAUUAAUGAGGUUGUUUCAAGGAUUGUCGUCAGAGGUAUUAAAGUUGAUUUGCUGCCAUGAGUUUCCUCAUUGACUCCGUAUUGAUGGUUAUCUCCCAGCUGCUGUUUUUCGGCUUUGGGUGGCUGUUUUUUAUGCGGCAGCUGUUUAAAGACUAUGAGGUCCGUCAGUAUGUCGUGCAGGUCGUCUUCUCAGUCACCUUUGCCUUCUCCUGCACCAUGUUCGAACUUAUCAUCUUUGAGAUUCUGGGCCUUUUAAACAGCAGCUCUCGUUACUUUCACUGGAAGCUGAACUUGUGUGUGAUUUUACUGGUCCUGGUGUUUGUGGUGCCUUUCUACAUCGGCUACUUUGUGGUGAGCAAUAUCCGACUGUUGCACCGGCAGCGGCUGCUCUUCUCCUGCACAGUAUGGCUGACGUUCAUGUAUUUCUUUUGGAAACUGGGGGAUCCGUUCCCCAUCCUGAGCCCCAAGCAUGGAAUCCUCUCUAUAGAGCAGCUGAUCAGCCGGGUGGGAGUCAUCGGAGUGACCUUAAUGGCUCUGCUGUCUGGGUUUGGUGCCGUGAAUUGCCCCUACACCUACAUGUCCUACUUCCUGAGGAACGUGACCGACGCCGAUAUCUUGGCGCUGGAGAGGCGACUGCUGCAAACAAUGGACAUGAUCGUCAGCAAGAAGAAAAGGAUAGCAGCACUCCGGAGGAACAUGUUCCAGAGGGGGGAGGAGCACAGCAAGCCAAGUGGAUUCUGGGGGAUGAUAAAAAGUGUCACCUCCUCUGCGCCAGUCAGUGAAAACCUCUCCCAGAUUCAGCAGGAAGUGGAUGCGCUGGAGGAGCUGAGCCGACAGCUGUUCCUGGAGACGGCCGACCUGCACGCCACUAAGGAGCGCAUUGAAUACUCCAAGACCUUCCAAGGCAAAUACUUCAACUUCCUGGGUUACUUCUUCUCCAUUUACUGCGUAUGGAAGAUCUUUAUGGCCACCAUUAAUAUUGUGUUUGAUCGGGUCGGGAAGACGGAUCCAGUGACGAGAGGGAUAGAGAUCACGGUGAACUAUCUGGGCAUUCAGUUUGAUGUCAAAUUCUGGUCUCAGCAUAUCUCCUUCAUCCUCGUUGGAAUCAUCAUCGUCACUUCUAUCAGAGGCUUGCUCAUCACUCUCACCAAGUUUUUCUAUGCCAUUUCCAGCAGCAAGUCAUCCAAUGUGAUAGUGCUACUGCUGGCCCAGAUUAUGGGGAUGUACUUUGUGUCGUCCGUCCUUCUGAUCCGGAUGAGUAUGCCCCUGGAAUACCGGACCAUCAUUACAGAGGUCUUAGGGGAGCUCCAGUUCAACUUCUACCAUCGCUGGUUCGAUGUCAUUUUCUUGGUCAGCGCCUUGUCCAGCAUCCUCUUCCUGUACCUGGCACACAAGCAGGCCCCAGAGAAACACAUGGCCCUAUAGCCGGAGGCCCCAAUGGAGGCUGAUGGGUGGAAGAGACUUCUGUAGGAGGUUGUUUGCACUUGCAGGGAGCUGUGAGGCUGGAAUAGACCCAGUGGGCAGAGCAGCCUGGAGGUAUAGAAAGAGCCAUACAAUGAGAAUUGGACUGGUCCAUGUGGUCCAUGGGAUUUGAGGGUGUCCGUUAAGCCUUAAAGAAGGACAAAGCCUUUAGGUACAAAGCUUUUAGAUACAAAGCCUAUGUCUAGCAGAGCCACUUCUACAGCAAUUAUGUUAUUUUCUGUUCCUGUAAUCAAGCUAUAAAUGGGCUAUUGGGGGUUGGUUCUAGGUGCUACAUGAGAAGAGACUGCUGUGGGGCUUUAGCAGAAAGGGAAGUUAGCUAUAAAUGGGCUAUUGGGGGUUGGUUCUAGGUGCCACAUGUGAAGAGGCUGCUGUGGGGUUUUAGCAGAAGGGGAAGCUAGCUAUAAAUGGGCUAUUGGGGGUCGGUUCUAGAUGCUACAUGAGAAGAGACUGCUGUGGGGCUUUAGCAGAAAGGGAAGUUAGCUAUAAAUGGGCUAUUGGGGGUUGGUUCUAGGUGCCACAUGUGAAGAGGCUGCUGUGGGGUUUUAGCAGAAGGGGAAGCUAGCUAUAAAUGGGCUAUUGGGGGGUGGUUCUAGAUGCUACAUGAGAAGAGACUGCUGUGGGGUUUUAGCAGAAAGGAAAGUUAGCUAUAAAUGGGCUAUUGAAGAAAAGACUGCUGUGGGGUUUUAGCAGAAAGGAAAGUUAGCUAUAAAUGGGCUAUUGGGGGUUGGUUCUAGAUGCUACAUGAGAAGAGACUGCUGUGGGGCUUUAGCAGAAAGAGAAGCUAGCUAUAAAUGGGCUAUUGGGGGUUGGUUCUAGGUGCUACAUGAGAAGAGACUGCUGUGGGGCUUUAGCAGAAAGAGAAGCUAGCUAUAAAUGGGCUAUUGGGGGUUGGUUCUAGGUGCGACAUGAGAAGAGACUGCUGUGGGGCUUUAGCAGAAAGAGAAGCUAGCUAUAAAUGGGCUAUUGGGGGUUGGUUCUAGAUGCUACAUGAGAAGAGACUGCUGUGGGGCUUUAGCAGAAAGAGAAGCUAGCUAUAAAUGGGCUAUUGGGGGUUGGUUCUAGGUGCGACAUGAGAAGAGGCUGCUGUUGGGUUUUAGCAGAAUGGAAGAGACCAGAGGCUGUUGUGGGUCCCUCAUCGUCCCCCCCGUUAGCCAUAGAGGGAGCAGUCGAUCUGCAGGGAUUAUGUGUGUUCCUGAGCACUAGCCCCGGGGGGAAAAUCUAUAUAUUCAUGUUCAACUGAUUCGCUUAUUUGCCCCUCCUGCUACUCCUCAUUGUAUUUAAGGGGAGCAAAUCAAAUGUGCAAAUUGUCUUGUAUUGUGUUUCCCUAGGGGGAAACGAUUCCAGCAUUUCACAAUAAACUUACUGUGAUCCGGAA